AUGACGUACCCACAGGAACAGCGAAAGGGUGAGAAAAAUCUUGCUCCGUCUGUAGCAGCUUUGUUUUCUUCCAUUCAGAACGAAACUUCAUCAUUCACCCCUGCACCAGUGGAUCCAGUAAUGAACCUAUUUUCUCACUUACGUGCGCAAACGACUCAAAAUGCUCCAUCACUGCUCACACCUCCGCUGCGAAAUGGAGCUCCGACACCGCCCACCAGUCCUCGAUGUAUUAUCCAUCUACGUCUUCUAUGA